GAAACAACUGUCACUGAAUUCCUUCUUCUGGGCUUUGGGGAUCUUGGGGAUCAAGAGUUGCUUCUGUUUUUGCUCUUCUUAGUGAUCUACAUUGUAACCAUGGUGGGGAAUAUCCUCAUUGUGGUGUUGGUUGUGGUUGACCGUCACCUUCACACCCCCAUGUAUUUCUUCUUGGGCAACUUGUCCUGCUUGGAGACCUGCUCCAGUUCCAGCGUUCUUCCUGUGAUGCUGGCUAAUCUGUUUCAUGGGGGCCCAGGAACCAUUUCUGUCAUGGGCUGCAUGGCACAGUAUUACUUCUUUGGUUUCUUAGCGGUUUCAGAAUGUUAUCUCCUUGCGGCAAUGUCUUAUGACAGAUAUGUGGCAAUAUGUAAACCAUUGCUCUAUAUGGUACUUAUGAAUGGUAAGAUGUGCCUCCAGCUAGUAGCUGGAUCUUGGGUUAGUGGUUCCAUGGCUAUAAACAUAACUAUAUAUUUAAUGCACCAACUGACCUUCUGUGGUCCCUCUGAAAUCGACCAUUUCUUUUGUGACUUUAAUCCCAUAUUGAAGCUGUCUUGCAGUGACACACAUGCCAUUAAACUUCUAACUUUCUUCCUAGCUGCUGUGUGUUCCCUCCCCCCAUUUCUGUUGACCCUGACAUCGUAUGGCUACAUCAUCUCUGCCAUUGUCAGCAUCCCAUCUACCUCUGGCAGGCAAAAGGCCUUUUCCACCUGCUCCUCUCACCUCAUUGUGGUGUCCAUUUUCUAUGGCACCAUCAUGAUCGUUUACUUGUUGCCCAAAACAGAGGCCCUGCAAGACCUCAACAAAGUCUUCUCGAUUUUCUAUACAGUCCUGACCCCUUUGUUCAACCCCCUGAUAUAUAGCCUGAGAAACAGGGAGGUCAAAGUGGCCUUCAGAAGGGCUGUGGCUAAGUUCUGUUCAUUUGAAAGAAUGUAA